AUGUUGUCUUGCCAUAUUAUUCAUGGAAUUAUAUUAAUUGUUUUAACGUUUUUUUUAAGAUUUAAUGUGAUAAGUUCGCAAAUUGCAGAUUUUCGUUUAACACAAACCAUAUUAUGUACCAAUCCAUAUACUUUUGGUUUUAAAAUAGAAGAUAAUGUUGAUAUUCCGUUAAUAGAUGAUGAUAUUUGGCCUUUAAAUCAGGUUCUUUCAGCUGGUGGUACUGUUUCAGACAGUGGAUUCCAAAUAUUGUUUGCAACAGCAAAGAAAAAUUCGUAUGAAUUAAUCAUCUCAGUUUAUCCACAACUUACUACAGUAGUUAGAGAGUGUACUUAUGAAGGAAAAGUUGUAAGAAGGCUCAAAUCCAUAGUAGAUCAUUCUCCAAGAUUUGAUCAAUGGCCAUUUUUUGAUAAGUGGGUCAUUAGUUUUCAAAGACAAGAAUAUGGUAUUUCAAUUUCCUUCAACCAAGGUUAUACAGAAUCUUUAUUUUGGAAAAGAUGUCUAAAUGAGCCAAUUGUUAGUGUCAAGGUAGUUUCAAAAGAUGCCUAUCUUUCAGCUGACCAAGUUGAUUGCAUUGUAUCAGAAUGGAGUUCAUGGUCACAAUGUAGUUCAAGCUGCAAAAUAGGUACGAGAUCGAGAACUAGAUUGAUAUUAAGGCCAUCUUCAUUUGAAGGCGUUACAUGCCCAAAUUUGAUUGAAAAUGAAGGGUGUAAUAUUAGUAUAUCUUGUGAUGAUUGUACAUAUUCUUCUUGGUCAAGUUGGUCUGGUUGUAGUGUUUCUUGCCAAGGUGGAUUUCGUACUCGAACUAGGAAGCUGAUUUGGAAAUCCGAUAUUAAGGGAAGGUGCGAGGACAGUGAAUCUGAUGUCGAAUCCUGCAAUGAACAAAGUUGUCCAGUGAAUUGUAGAGUUUCAAGUUGGACUUCCUGGAGUUCCUGCUCAUCUACUUGUGGUCCAGGUAAUAAGAUGAGAUAUAGAAUUAUUUUAGCUCAAGCUGAUCUUGGUGGAGUACAAUGUCCGUCAGAAAAUGAAAUUACUGAACGUGCUUCGUGUAAUCUUCAGGAAUGCGAAAAAUCUUGUUCAAGCACAGAAAUUUGCAAAAACGGUGGAACCUGCAUCGACAUCCCAAAUAGUGGAUUUUCUUGUGAAUGUGCUGAAAAUUACUAUGGCAAGUUUUGUGAGAAUCAGAAAUACGCCUGGUGGGUAUAUUUUGUUUUUUGCAUUGCCACACAAAUAGUUAUUGGAGCAAUAGUAAAAAGUACAUUCCUUUCAAGGCCUCCACCUAUUACCGAAACACCAGUUACUUAUAACCAAGAAUAUGCUUUCAAUGAUUAUACACCAGCUUUUGAUAACAAUGCUGACAUUUCAGGUAUUUUUUAA